AUGGCAGUUACUAAAACUGAAGAAGCUUGGAUCACUACGACAGACGGCAAGGAAAUAUUUACAAAGAAAUGGAAGCCUGCAAACGAUUCGCCGGUAGCGACUGUGGUCUUUUGCCAUGGUUUCGGUGAACACAUAAACCGUUACUGCCACGUAUUUGAAAAGUUUGCCGAAGCCGGAAUAGAAGUAUAUAGUUAUGACCAACGGGGAUUUGGUGAGACUGGUAAAAAGAAUCAUGAUCUCGGCGUCACCGGUGGAUGGCGUGUUUCCUGUUCAGACAUUACUGAUGCACUUAGGAAACAACGUAGAUCAGGAAUUCCCCAGUUUCUUAUGGGGCAUAGCAUGGGUGGCGGCCUUGUGCUUCACUAUGCAACAUUGGGAGAGGAAAGAAAUAACAUAUCUGGCGUCAUUGCGUGCUCUCCGUGGUUGGAUCAGCCUCCUGCAAUAAGAGCGAAAUGGUAUCAAAGAUGGAUGGGUGAUUUGGGGUCAAUGGUCAUGCCAAACAUGACCAUUACUCUUCAUGUUGAUCCAAAAGGGAUCAGCCAUGACCCUGCAGAAGUAAAGAAAUAUGAAAACGAUCCACUUAACACGGGAAAACUGGCAAUUUCUCAAUUGAUGGAAAUUUUGCACUGUGGUCAGAAAAUACGCGAUACAGACUAUGUUAAUUUGACACAGCCUCUUCUGAUGGCGCAUGGGACUACUGAUCCAGUAACAUGUUUUUCCGCUUCAAAGGAACUUUUUGAAAAGGCUCCAUCAACUGACAAGAUGUUUAAGCCAUGGGACGAGCUAUAUCAUGAACUUCACAAUGAAUAUCAGAAAGAUGAAAUUAUUCAAUCAUACAUUGACUGGAUACUAAAACGUGUCGGAUCGAAGAAUUGA